UAAUACUGCGUCAUACACGGGCCAUUCGUGGUAUUUUAUUAAUUAUCUAUUUUAUGUAAUUCUAUUCAAAUUAUAAUUAGUGUCACCAAGUGUAAUUUAUAAUGUGAAGUGACUUAACACAUAGUUAGAGGAUACAAUUUGUUCAAUUAUAGUAGAUAACCAUAUCAUCUCAGGAUACAGACAUAUAAGCAUUUGAUUAAAGAUGUCGCUCUGGGCCCGAGCUCAGCAGCUUCCGCCGGAGUGCUUACAGGAGGUUCGUGCCAUCUACAGGGAUGCUUUCCCCAUUGAAGUUCGCCAUUGUCUAGCGUUAUGGAUAGAGAACAGAGUUUGGAAUGUGGAGCACGAGGAACACCAGCAGUUCUUCGUGGAGGAGCUGGUGCACGAGAUCAACACGCAUGCAGAUCUGCUGCACACACCUGAUAUGUUUGUUACCAAGAUGAAGCUGCUAGAAGCAGCAAAAAAUAUACACCUACAAUAUGGGCAUCAACCUCAAGAACUCUUCAACUACAUGCGGCAGUGUUUGACUCGGGAGCUAGCCCUCAUACAGAAGGCGAUGGGCACACAAUACGUGUCCCCACCGCAAACAGAGAGGAAAUACAGCGAGCUGCUGACGGGUUUACGGACGGUGCAGCAGAAGGUGGCCCUGGUCGGAAAGGAGAUCAGCAACUGGAAUGCCAACAUGGAGUCCUUCUCGCUCGAGUACCACGAGUGUGUCAAGAAAAAAGGUCACAUGAGCUACCUUCAACAAUCGCCAAUGACGACCGACAGACGAGAAUUCGAGGCGUGCCUCCGUCUCCAGAUAGAAGAGAUGGAGAGGAAACUCAACAUUAUGAUCGCGCAAAUCAACCACGCACAACUGGAAUUGGUGGACCACUUGAAGGAAAACAUCGGUAUACUCGGAGAGUUGCAGAGUCAAGUGUUGGACGGAGAACUUAUUAAAUGGAAACGAGAGCAGCAACUCAGCGGCAACGGGGUGCAGAUGCAGACGAAUUUAAAUGUGAUACAAGAGUGGUGCGAACUGCUCGCAGACCUGAUAUGGACCAGUCGGCAGCAGGUCAACAACGUCUCCAGAAUCAGCAGCAAGGCGUUGGCGGACGCUCGUCAGCCGGAGCUGAUCAAUAUGCUGGAUGAUAUGAGCAAGCAGGUUACCAGUCUGCUGUCCACGCUGGUCACAUCCACGUUCGUCAUAGAGAAACAACCGCCGCAGGUGAUGAAGACGAUGACGCGUUUCACAGCUACUGUUCGUCUUCUCGUCGGUGGUCAGUUGAACGUCUACAUGACCCCACCCCGAGUUAGCGUCGUAAUAAUCUCCGAGCAACAAGCUCAGCAACUCCUGAAGAGUGAUUCUCAAGCUGGUAAAAACAAACAACCAGUCGAGUGCGGUGAUAUAUUGAACAACACCGGUGUCAUGGAGUACCAGGCCACGAGCAGGCAGCUCAGCGUGAGCUUCAGAAAUAUGCAGCUCCGUAAGAUUAAACGGGCCGAGAAGAAAGGCACGGAGAGUGUCAUGGACGAAAAGUUGACAUUGCUGUUCCAGUCGCAGUUCAAUGUGGGCGGCGGCGAGCUAGUGUUCCAGGUGUGGACGCUGUCGCUGCCGGUGGUGGUGAUCGUGCACGGCAACCAGGAGCCGCACGGGUGGGCCACCAUCACCUGGGACAACGCCUUCAGUCCCUCCGGACGGGUGCCCUUCGCUGUGCCCGACAAGGUCACCUGGGGUCAGUUGGCCGAGACACUUCGCAUAAAGUUCUACUCGGCGACGUCAGGUGGCGAUCUCUCUGAAGAUAACUUAAGAUUCCUGGCUGAAAAGAUAUUUAAUAACAAAAUGAACCUGCCUCUAAACACACACGAACUGAACGCACUGCCGGUGAGCUGGACGCAGUUCUGCAAGGAUGCAUUAUCGGACCGCAACUUCACAUUUUGGGAGUGGUUCUACAUGGUGGUGAAGGUGACCAGGGAGUACCUGAGGACAUUGUGGUGUGAUCGCUUGAUAAUGGGUUUCAUACAGAAGAAACAAGCAGAGGAUAUGCUCUCCAAGUGUCCACCGGGCACGUUCCUGCUGCGGUUCUCUGAUUCAGAACUGGGCGGCAUCACCAUCGCCUGGGUCGGAGACAACAACGGCGAAGUGUUCAGUCUGCAGCCGUUCACGGCGCGAGACCUCGGGCUGCGCUCGUUGGCCGACCGAGUGCUGGACCUGCCGCAGCUGCAGUUCCUGUACCCCAACAUCGCCAAGGACGACGUCUUCUCCAAGUACUACACCAAGCCCGAGGACCAAGUGCUGAAGAACGGGUACGUGAAGCCGGUGCUGGUGACUCAGCUGCCGUCCUACAUGUCUCCAGCGUACGCUCACUCACCGGACUCCCAUCGUAACACGCCCAGCGUGCAGAGCAGCUACUUUGGAUCAGUGACGCCUGCGCCGACGGAAAAUACAUUUAUGAGCACCGACCUAUCGUUUGAAAUGAGUUCCAUCUACGCUGAAGAUUUUGACAACUUUAUGUAUGACAAUGUGAAUUAAGUUUGACACAUUACCUGUAGAUAAAGUAGGUAUUCAUUUAUAUUAUUUUUAGUUUUUCGUAGUAUACAGUUAUAUAUACUUCAGUUGACAUGAAAAGAGUAGCAUAGCCUAAUUUUUAAUAUUAUAUUAUACCAAGUAGGUUAUGGACAGUGACGUAACAAUAGAAUGGAAUUGUGUACAAAAUAUCACGUGGUCGGGACCUAGAGGUCCCCUAAUCAGAUAGGCCGUAAGCACAGCAAAUAAAACAAAAUUUAUUAAUCAAUUUAGGAGACUACAAUGUGAAGCCUUUUUUAGAUUAAGGGAAGACACCAUCCCGUGAAUCUGCCAUAGGCUUCAGAUAGUUACGCCACUAGUCUACCUUUAGUUUUUUCUGUUUAAAGAAAUGGCGGGAAUUACACU